CUAUACAUCUGCUAUGGACAAAAAAUGAAUAUCGAGAAUACAAGGAAAAAAUGGAUUUUAAAGUUUCAAAACUUGAGGAUAUGAUUGAAAGACUGAAACGCGGUGAAAAUAUUGACGAUGCAGAACAAUCACAAAAAUCUAGUAUAGUGCGGCAAAAGAUUACAACUCAACCUAACGUAAAAGCUACGUAUAUCCAAAAGGAUGAAAAACCUAAAAUCGUCGUAUGGCUAUAA